AUGGCGGCGGCAACAACAACAUCUUCUUCGAUCUCCUUCUCAGCAAAACCUUCUCAUCCUUCAUCUUCCAAAUCUCCUCUUCCCAUUUCCAGAUUCUCACUUCCAUUCGCCUUAAAUCCACAGAAACCCACCUCCCGCCGCCGCCGCCCUCUCUCCUGCUCCGCCUCUCUCAACACACCCGUCAAUGUCGCAGCUCCUCCUCCGGCGAAAACCACCACCGACAAGAAAUUCACCUCCCGCUACGCCGCCGACGAGCCUCGCAAGGGUGCUGAUAUCCUCGUGGAAGCCCUCGAGCGUCAAGGAGUCGAGACCGUCUUCGCUUACCCAGGAGGCGCAUCGAUGGAGAUCCACCAAGCCCUAACCCGAUCCUCCACCAUCCGCAACGUCCUCCCUCGCCACGAGCAAGGAGGCAUCUUCGCCGCCGAGGGGUACGCUCGAUCCUCCGGGAAACCGGGAAUCUGCAUAGCCACUUCCGGUCCCGGAGCAACGAACCUCGUCAGCGGAUUAGCCGACGCGAUGCUCGACAGUGUCCCUCUCGUGGCGAUCACAGGACAGGUCCCUCGCCGGAUGAUUGGUACCGACGCGUUCCAGGAGACUCCGAUUGUCGAGGUAACGAGAUCGAUCACGAAGCAUAACUAUCUGGUGAUGGAUGUUGAGGAUAUACCUAGGAUCGUUGAGGAAGCAUUCUUUCUAGCUACUUCGGGUAGACCCGGACCCGUUUUGGUUGAUGUCCCUAAGGAUAUUCAGCAGCAGCUCGCGAUUCCUAACUGGGAACAGUCUAUGCGUUUGCCUGGUUACAUGUCUAGGAUGCCUAAACCGCCGGAAAGUUCUCAUCUUGAGCAGAUUGUUAGGUUGGUUUCGGAGUCCAAGAGGCCCGUGUUGUAUGUUGGUGGUGGAUGUUUGAAUUCGAGCGAGGAACUGGGUAGAUUCGUGGAGCUUACCGGGAUCCCUGUUGCGAGUACUUUGAUGGGUCUUGGUUCUUAUCCUUGUAACGAUGAGUUAUCGCUGCAUAUGCUUGGGAUGCACGGGACCGUGUACGCGAACUACGCUGUUGAGCAUAGCGAUCUGUUGCUGGCGUUUGGUGUUAGGUUCGAUGAUCGUGUCACCGGAAAGCUCGAGGCUUUUGCUAGCAGGGCUAAGAUUGUUCACAUAGACAUUGACUCUGCUGAGAUUGGGAAGAACAAGACGCCUCAUGUGUCUGUGUGUGGAGAUGUAAAGCUGGCUCUGCAAGGGAUGAACAAGGUUCUUGAGAGCAAAGCAGAGGAGCUCAAGCUCGAUUUCGGGGUUUGGAGGAGUGAGCUGAACGAGCAGAAACAGAAGUUCCCGUUGAGCUUCAAGACGUUCGGGGAUGCUAUUCCUCCGCAGUACGCGAUUCAGGUCCUCGACGAGCUGACCGACGGGAAGGCGAUUAUCAGUACCGGCGUCGGGCAGCAUCAGAUGUGGGCAGCUCAGUUUUACAAGUACAGGAAACCGAGGCAGUGGCUUUCCUCGGGAGGUCUCGGAGCAAUGGGUUUUGGGCUGCCCGCUGCUAUUGGAGCGUCUGUGGCGAACCCGGACGCGAUUGUUGUUGACAUUGACGGCGAUGGGAGCUUUAUAAUGAACGUUCAAGAGCUCGCCACGAUCCGUGUAGAGAACCUUCCGGUGAAGAUACUCUUGUUAAACAACCAGCAUCUUGGCAUGGUUAUGCAGUGGGAAGAUCGGUUCUACAAAGCUAACAGGGCUCACACGUAUCUUGGUGACCCGGCGAAUGAGAACGAGAUAUUCCCGAACAUGCUGCAGUUUGCAGGUGCUUGCGGGAUUCCGGCGGCGAGAGUGACGAGGAAAGAACAUCUCCGAGAGGCUAUUCAGACGAUGCUGGAUACACCUGGACCGUACUUGUUGGAUGUGAUAUGUCCGCACCAAGAACAUGUGUUACCGAUGAUCCCAAGUGGUGGCACUUUCAAUGAUGUCAUAACGGAAGGAGAUGGUCGGACUAAAUACUGA